GACGCGCGGACAAGGGGACCCACGGGCGGCGCAGGCACGGGGCCGCGAGUAGCAGCCACCACCAAGGACGCCAUGAGCCAGUUGGGGUCUGUGAGCUGCUGCCCAGGUGCUGCCAAUGGCAGCCUGGGCCGGUCUGACGGUGUGGCCAAGAUGAGUGCCAAGGACCUGUUUGAACAGAGGAAGAAGUACUCCAACUCCAACAUCAUCAUGCAUGAGACCUCCCAGUACCACGUCCAGCACCUGGCCACGUUCAUCAUGGACAAGAGUGAGGCCAUUGUGUCCGUGGAUGAUGCCAUCCGGAAACUGGUGCAGUUGAGCUCCAAGGAGAAGGUGUGGACGCAGGAAAUGCUGCUGCAGGUCAAUGACCAGUCUCUGCGGCUGCUGGAUGUGGAGUCCCAGGAGGAACUGGAGAACUUCCCGCUACCCACCGUGCGGCACACCCAGACCGUGCUGAACCAGCUGCGGUACCCCUCGGUACUGCUGCUCGUGUGCCAGGACUCGGAGCAGAGCAAACCCGACAUCCACUUCUUCCACUGCGACGAGGUGGAGGCGGAGCUGGUGCACGAGGACGUCGAGAGCGCGCUGGCCGACUGCCGUCUAGGGAAGAAGCUGCGGCCACAGACCCUGAAGGGCCACCAGGAGAAGAUCCGGCAGCGGCAGUCCGUCCUGCCCGCCCCCAAGGGCCCGGCCCCCAUCCCCUUCCAGCACUAUGGCAGUGGCUCCCCGUCCGCCAAGAACCGAGUGGGCCCGCCGAUGCCACUCACUGAGCCAAGCUUCCGCCGUCGGGAGUCUCAGGAUGAGGAGCCACGCGCUGUGCUAGCUCAGAAGAUAGAAAAGGAAACGCAAAUCCUCAACUGUGCCCUGGACGACAUUGAGUGGUUCGUGGCUCGGCUGCAGAAGGCGGCAGAAGCUUUCAAACAGCUGAACCAGCGCAAGAAGGGGAAGAAGAAAGGGAAGAAGGGGCCAGCAGAGGGUGUCCUUACGCUGCGGGCACGGCCCCCCUCUGAGGCCCAGUUCAUCGACUGUUUUCAGAAAAUCAAGCUGGCUAUCAACCUGCUGGCCAAGCUGCAGAAGCACAUUCAGAACCCCAGCGCUGCAGAACUCGUGCACUUCCUCUUUGGACCUCUGGACCUGAUUGUCAGCACCUGUGGGGGCCCAGACAUCGCACGCUCCGUGUCCAGCCCCCUGCUUUCCCGUGAGGCCGUGGGCUUCCUGCGAGGCCACCUAGUCCCCAAGGAGAUGACGCUGUGGGAGUCGCUGGGGGAGACAUGGAUACACCCCCGUUCGGAGUGGCCGCGGGAGCCACAGGUGCCCCUCUACGUGCCCAAGUUCCACAGUGGCUGGGAGCCACCCCUGGACGUGCUGCAGGAGGCACCCUGGGAAGUGGAGGGGCUGGUGUCUGCCCCCGACGAUGAGCCGACUCCAGCAAACCGGCCAUCCUUUCGAAACUCCCCCAAACACAGCCUUGUAUCUGAGCCCACAGCUCCACCUCCAGGGGCCCCUCUCCCCCAAGUCAGCUCCCCGCAUGCUCACAGGGGCUACGAACCUGGGCCAGCCAUGGCCAAGUACGUCAGGAUCCUCUAUGACUUCACAGCCCGCAAUGCCAACGAGCUGUCGGUGCUCAAGGACGAGGUCCUGGAGGUGCUCGAAGAUGGCCACCAGUGGUGGAAGCUUCGCAAUCGCAGCGGCCAGGCAGGCUACGUGCCCUGCAACAUCCUGGAUGAGACUCGGCUGGAGGACGCACCCCAGGAGCAGGCCAGUCUGAAAUAUUGGGGUCCUGCCAGCCCCACCCACAAGCUGCCCCCAAGCUUCGCAGGGAACAAAGACGAGCUGAUCCACCACAUGGAUGAGGUCAACGACGAGCUCAUCAAGAAGAUCAGCCACAUCAAGGCGCAGCCGCAGCGGCACUUCCGCGUGGAGCGCAGCCAGCCGGUGGGCCUGCCGCUCACAUACGAGUCGGGCCCCGAGGAGGUCCGCGCCUGGCUGGAAGCCAAGGCCUUCAGCGCCCGGAUCGUGGAGAACCUGGGCAUUCUGACCGGGCCCCAGCUCUUCUCGCUCAACAAGGACGAGCUGAAGAAAGUCUGCGGGGAGGAAGGUAUCCGCGUGUACAGCCAGCUCACUGUGCAGAAGGCGGUCCUGGAGGAGCAGCAAGGUGGGUCGGAGCUGGAGGAGCUCAUAAGCAAGUUUCAGUCCAAGACCCAGAGGAGGGUGGAGGACGACAGCUAG